GGUAUUUACUUCGGGCAGGUUCCGUCUUCCCUCCACUCAGUUACCGCGCUCGCGUCUCCGGCUCGCCCUCUCUUCGUCGCCGGUGGCCGCCUCGGUCGUCGCUUUCCUCUGGCUAUCAUUCCUCUCUCCCUCUCGCCUCUCCCAGUCUCCCACCUCCUUUGCUCAUAAUUCUCUCUGCUCUCGCGGCCUCUUGCUCACUCUCGCACUCGCCUCCCCGGCUGUCGCAGUCUCUCUCGCCUCUCCUGUCCUCUCGCGGCCUGUUGCCUCCGGCCUCGCCCUUACCGCGUGUUUGUUCAUGGAUUUCAUUUCAACUCUAGUCACCUGCAAAACUCAAAGGGCUCUGUUGCUCGAAAAUUUGUAGGGAAAGAAAAAGAAUCCAUGAGAAUUUCUUGGAGUUUCUUAGUUUAUCACCGCCGUCCCCACCAGAUAUCCGCUGCCGUCAAUCUCCUCCGUUACGCCCACUACAAGCCCCCGAGGCAGCAGCCGGCUCCGAAGGCCCCCAAACCCCCAAAGCCGCCGCAGAAGCCGCAGAGCUUCACGCUCCACGACGCGACAUGGGAGGACCCGUACAGCUGGAUGUCAAACCUCAAUGACAAGGUGGCGAUGCGGCACAUGGAUGUGUACAUGGAGCAGGAGGAGAAAUACACGGAGGCGGUGAUGUCUGACACCGAGAAGCUCCAGAGCAAGCUCAUGUCGGAGAUGGCCUCUCGCCUCUCUUACGACCUCUCCACCCCUCCCGUUCGUUGGGGCCCCUGGGUAUACUAUCGUCGUGUUGAAGAAGGGAAGCAGUAUCCAGUGUUGUGUCGAAGAUUAGUCAGCUUAAACAAAGAGUUCAUCUCACAUAAAUCUCCUUCUGCUGGAUUUGAUUUUACCUCUGGGAAGAGGAUUGAGCAGAAGCUGAUAGAUUACAAUCAAGAGGCCGAAAGAUUUGGAGGUUAUGCAUAUGAGGAAUUAUCAGAAGUAUCUCCGAAUCAUCAGUUUUUUGCAUACACAAUGUAUGAUAAGGACAACGACUAUUUUAAGUUGUCCGUAAGGAACUUAAAUUCUGGUUCGUUGUGUAGCAAGCCUCAAGCUGAAAGGGUAUCAAACAUAGCAUGGGCAAUGGAAGGAAAGGCUUUGUUGUAUGUCGUCACCGAUCAGAAUAAGAGGCCAUUUAGGAUAUACUGUAGCAUGAUUGGAUCAGUUGAAGAUGAUGUUUUGCUCCUAGAAGAACCAAACGACAAUGUUUAUGUUAAUCUAAGACAUACCAAAGAUUUUCAGUUUGUGACUGUCAACACAUUCUCUACAACGUCCUCCAAGGUCUUUUUAAUAGAUGCGGCUAAUCCACUUUCUGGCUUGACAUUGAUUUGGGAAUGUGAGGGGCAAGCCCAUUGCAUAGUCGAACAUCAUCGAGGGAUCCUUUACUUGUUCACUGAUGCUUCCAAGGAUGGUCAAUCUGUUGACCACCAUUAUCUUUUACGAAGUCCACUUAGCACUUCUGGUCCAAGAAUUUGGGAGAAUGUAUUUGUUCUCGAAGAAGACUCAGUAGUUGAGGACGUAGACUUCAGCGAUAAGUACUUGGCACUUAUUAUAAGGGAAGGGAAAAACUUCAGAAUUUGCUCUGUCACGCUACCUCUGCCUGUUGGGAAGGGUGAACUUAAUCUGAAGGAGCUUAAUCCACAAUUCUUACCUCUUCCACAAUCUGUAACCCAAAUCUCACCAGGUCCGAAUUAUGAUUUCUGCUCGACUACCAUGCGUUUUACAAUAUCAUCACCUGUGAUGCCUGAUGCUGUGGUUGAUUAUGACUUGUCAAAUGGAACGUGGAAUAUUAUUCAGCAACAGAACUUGCUUCAUGAGAGAACACGGAUUUUGUAUGGAACAGCUUCUUCUGGUAGAAUCAAUCAAAAAUUGUCCUCCUUGAUUGAUGUUGAAUCUGAUAACAACCCGUGGAACGAACUUUCUGAGUUUUAUGGCUGGGAGCACUAUGACGUUCCUUCACAUGAUGGGGUGAUGGUUCCUCUGACUAUUGUGUACUCUCAUAGUCAUAGAAAAGAAAAUUCAAAUCCGGGGCUUCUACAUGGACAUGGAGCUUAUGGUGAGUUACUCGAUAAACGCUGGCGCAGUGAACUGAAAAGCCUCCUCGAUCGUGGUUGGGUAAUAGCGUAUGCUGAUGUGAGAGGUGGAGGGGGAAGGGGUAAGAAAUGGCAUCAUGAUGGAAGAAGCGCAAAGAAGCAAAAUGCGAUUGAGGACUACAUUGCCUCAGCAAGGUUCCUAAUGGACAAAGGGAUCGUGAAAGAAGAUAAACUUGCAGGUUGGGGAUAUAGUGCUGGGGGACUCUUGGUUGCUUCAGCCAUCAAUCAGCGCCCCGACUUGUUUCGGGCUGCCAUUUUGAAGGUUCCAUUUCUGGAUCCCACCAACACUCUGCUGUACCCAAUUUUGCCUCUUAUAGCUGCAGACUAUGAAGAGUUUGGUUACCCUGGGGACGUUGACGACUUCAAUGCCAUACGGAGAUACUCUCCCUACGACAAUAUUCCAAAAGAUACAGUCUUCCCUGCAGUACUAGUAACUUCCUCUUUCAGCACUCGGUUUGGUGUAUGGGAAGCUGCAAAAUGGGCAGCUCGGGUCCGAGAGCGCACCAUAUAUGACCCUGAAUGCCCUGUUCUGCUAAAUCUGACAACAGACAUAGUCGAGGAGAACCGGUACCUCCACUGUAAAGAGUCAGCACUGGAGACCGCUUUCCUUUUAAAGGUAGUCGGCUCGUAAAAGUUUUGCUUUACCAUCAUAGAAGGGUCACUUAGAAGGGCUAAGUCAUUGUAAAAGGUGAGCUAGAAGGGGACUGUUGGGUUAAUACAACACUUAUUUUGGCACUUUAUCACUUGGUGUCGUGUUAGAACGUAACUCAAUAUAUUCACUGUAGAAAUUUAAAAUUUUAUGUAGAACAAUUUUUCAUGAGGUCGACUUCAAAUCCGUACUGCUUGAGAAUUGCCAGAGCUCAAUCGAAACGUGAAGACACAAAUAUGUAAGCGUUCAAGCCAAUUCUAGAUUGUUGGAGUUUGAUCCA